CCUUCCCUUUCCCAUCUCUAACCUUUUCUUUAUUAUAUUUUUCUCUUUUUCCUUUAUAUUCUCUUUCUUUUUUAGCUUAGCCAGCCUUUCAGUUUUCUUAUAUAUUUCCUUCAUCCCCACAAUACCCCAAUCUCUUUCCUGGCGGCUCCUCCUCCCUCUUUUCUCUUCUCGCAUCAUCUUAUCUUUUUCAUUAUUUGAAUAUUUCGAUCUAAUUGAGAAAAGAUCUUUUUCUUUUGUUACUUUUUUUGAAAAAUCCGCCAUGGUAGCGGCUACGCCACAACAACAACAGCAACAGCAGAAGCAGGCGGCGGUGGCGACGACAACGGUGACGGUGGCCGGGGCUACAAAACCAUCGGCUGAAGAAGAGGCUUUGAAGAGGAAUACAGAUUGCGUUUACUUUCUUGCUUCCCCUUUAACCUGCAAAAAGGGAAGUGAAUGUGAGUAUCGUCAUAGUGAAUAUGCCCGGGUUAACCCAAGGGAUUGUUAUUUCUGGUUGAAUGGAAAUUGCUUGAACCCAAAAUGUGGAUUUCGACAUCCUCCCCUUGAUGGUUUGUUGGGAACUCAAGCAACAACUCCGACUGGUUCUUCUAAGCCUUCUUCGCACACAGCAGUAACUACAGCACCUGCUAGUCAUAUGCCUUACAACCAGGGUGCUUCUUACAGCUCCAGCAAACAAGCAGUUCCAUGUAUUUUCUUCCUCAAAGGGCUUUGCAUUAAAGGUGACAGAUGUGCUUUUUUGCAUGGUCCAACUACAAGUAAUAAAGCCACACAACCAGCAGCAACUACCACUGCUAGAGAGCCUCAUUCAUUGAAGAAGACUUUUGGUGCAGUUGAAGCAUCUCAGUCACAGAAGUUUCCCCCAACUAAUGUUUCCAAUACUGUUGGACUAGCUCCUGAAAGUAAACCUUCUGCAAAAGUUAAAGCCGCUUUCACUAGGAGUGGUACUGGAACUGAGAAAAGUGUGCCAUCUCCAGUAGGCUUGGAUGAGGAACUUCCUCGACACAAAGCAACAAAAACUACUUCAAUUGUUAAUGGUGGCUCUAUGGGUCAUUCUGGUUGGUUGCAUCAGCCCCAUGCUUCAGAUGAACAAACUUUUCAUGGCAGUAAGGACACUGAAGAAUUUUUGAGGGAGUCUUCUCCUGGUUUUGAUGUUCUUGUGGAUGAUGAGCUCAGGGAUUCUGAUUUCUACCAUGGUGAAGAUCAAUAUGGAGGCACAAGAGGACAUGAGGGAAGGAAUGUCAAUGAAUAUGACAUUGGUCGCCCUGCUAAUUAUGAUGCCAUGGUUGAUGUUGACCAAGAAAUGUUUCAUGAUGCUCGAGGCUAUGAUUCAUUUGACAAUGUGCAAGGGAAUUAUGAUUGGGACCAGCAGAGGGCUUCAUCUGAGAGGAUACCAUUAGGGUCAUCUACUCUGGAGAGAAGGGGUUACUCAAGAGUUGAUAGUUCUGAUCAUGUUGAGGAAUCCGAUCUUCGACAUCGUUUGUCUAAGCGCAGAAGGGUUAAUGGCCUGAAGUCUGUUGUCAGUCAUGAUAAUGCCCUAGAAAAUUAUGAAGGAGAACGAAAUUACCGGGCUGGUUCUCAUAGGGAUUCCCACCGUUUACCUCCCAAUGAGAGGUCCCUUGGCAGUCGUCUUCAAGGUAGAAUAAAGCUUCCUGGGAGAUCUGUAAAUGGAUCUGAUUUGCAUUCUGAAAGGGAGAUAGAAAGAGGGCGAAAUUGGGGACGACACUCACCUGGAAAGCCUCAAACCUCUUCCCAAGGGAGGCUCCGUGACAGAAUAAAAGGAAAGGUGGAAGGGGAUUUCAACAAUAAUGAAGGUCGAAAUUUUGGUGGCCUGAGGAUCAGAAGAGAAAUAACAGAUGAGAGGAAUGCUGAUUUUGCAGGUCCAAAAAGUCUUGCAGAGCUGAAAGUUGGGAAGAACAGUGAUAAUAAGCAGCAUCAGUCUCUUGGAAAGCGAAGGAGUGUUGGAGAUCAUCAACAAAUUGAAGGUGAUCUUUCAUUCAAGGGGCCAAUGCCUCUAAGUGAGAUUCUGAAGAGAAAGAGACAAUCUGAAGGUGCCACUUCUGGGGAUGGUGUAGCAUCUGUAAAUAAAGAAGAUGUUGACCAGAAGCAAAGCAAGGGAAGCUUGAUUAGUGGCUCCAAUAACAAAGAAGUAUCGGUGACAGUGAAAGAGGCGAACAAAGAUGAAGAAUCGAAGGUUGCGGCUACAGAUAUCGGAAUAACGGAAGCCACUCAUGGUGAAUCUUCUCAACCACUCAACAUGAGCGAGCACGAGGCUGACGCAGAUGCUGAGGAUGGGAUCAUUGGAGAUGAGAGAAUAGAAGAUCACGAAGUCGAGGCAGAUGACCAGAGGGAUGGAGAGUAUUAUUAUGAGCAGGUUGACGAAGGGGAAUACAACUACGAGGAGGAUGAAAACGUGGACCCGGAAGAGGAAUACAUAGAGGAGGAAGAUGGUGAUGACUUUGCAAAGAAACUGGGUGUCAUGUUUUCAUGAGCAGUGGGGAUACGACUGCUUGACGAUUAUUAUGGAUGGUUUUAUGGAGGAGGACCCCUUGAAGAAGCUCAUUUAGGUCUUGGCUUCGUUCUGAUCAAGUUAAGAGUUAGCUCAGCUAUAUUGAAAUUCCAUUGUAGAAGUAGAAGCAUUAAGUUUUGUUCUUGUAUCUCGUCGUAUUUAAAAGCUGACUGAUAUGAAUUUGGAUCCCUGCUUUGCUUGACAGGCCCUUUUAUUUCUUGUGCCCACCAAUGUUAUUGUUAAGUGCAUGACUGCAGAAAGUAGAAAAUCAAAAGAUAUUUCUAUUAA